GUGUCAACAAAUGCGAUAACACAAGCAUUGCACAUAACACAGCAAUAGGCUACAGUUGUUGGAUUAGGAUGUUAAGGCUGGCAUGGCGUCGGUCGGUGUCCAAAUAUAGCCGUGUGGAGUAUAUACGCAUCUCAUCUGCAGCUUUUCUCAGAGCCGACGGUACACUGCAGAGCUCAGGAGGUAACAUCUGUAGGUUACGCACACAAAAUCCCCACCUACCAAGAUAUAAAUCACCGCUGCUACACUUCCAGCCGGCCUACUACCCCAGCUCUUCUGUUUCUAUGAGCAUGGCAUCAGGGGGUGAAGGUUCAUCAUCCAGCCCUCACAGACACACCAACAGGUUAGCAAAGGAGAGGUCACCCUACCUUCUACAGCAUGCACACAACCCGGUUGACUGGUAUCCGUGGGGAGAAGAUGCUUUUAACAAAGCAAAGCAUGAAGACAAACCAAUCUUUUUAUCUGUGGGCUACUCAACAUGCCAUUGGUGCCAUGUAAUGGAGAGGGAGUCUUUCGAGGAUGAGGAAAUUGGCAAAAUCCUUAGUGAAAACUUUGUCUGCAUCAAAUUAGACCGUGAAGAAAGACCUGAUGUGGACAAGGUCUACAUGACCUUUGUGCAGGCAACUAGUGGAGGUGGAGGCUGGCCCAUGAGUGUGUGGUUGACCCCUGACCUUCGACCUUUCAUUGGAGGAACCUACUUCCCCCCCAGAGACCAUGGAAGACGACCUGGGCUCAAAACUGUUCUCACCAGAAUAAUAAAUCAGUGGCAAAAUAACCGUACUGCUUUGGAGUCCAGUGGAGAGAGGAUCCUCGAGGCUUUGAAAAAAGGCACGGCUGUUGACGCGAACCCAGGGGAAAGUCCUCCCCUGGCCCCGGAUAUCGCCAAGCGUUGCUUCCAACAGUUGGCACACUCCUUUGAAGAAGAGUAUGGUGGCUUUAGAGAUGCUCCAAAGUUUCCUACACCAGUGAAUCUGAUGUUUCUUAUGACUUACUGGUCUGUAAACCGCUCCACCUCAGAAGGGAUUGAGGCACUUCAGAUGGCCUUGCACACACUCCGCAUGAUGGCGCUAGGGGGCAUCCAUGACCACGUGUCCCAGGGGUUUCAUCGGUAUUCUACAGAUUCCUCCUGGCAUGUCCCCCACUUUGAAAAGAUGUUGUACGAUCAGGCUCAGCUGGCUGUGGCCUACAUUAAUGCAUCCCAGGUAUCAGGCGAGCGGGUCUUUGCAGAUGUAGCUCAGGACAUUUUGCUCUACGUCUCCAGGGACCUGAGUGACAAGUGUGGAGGUUUCUACAGCGCUGAGGAUGCGGACUCUGUACCAGCGUCAGGGGGACCAGAAAAGCGUGAAGGGGCCUUCUGUGUGUGGACGGCCUCAGAGGUUCGGGAACUGUUGCAGGAUGUGGUGGAGGGUGCCACUGGAUCUGCCACACAGGCCGAUAUCUUUAUGCACCAUUAUGGGGUGAAGGAGCAAGGCAAUGUUGCUCCAGAACAGGACCCCCAUGGGGAGCUACAGGGCCAGAAUGUGCUCAUCGUUCGUUAUUCAGUCGAAUUAACUGCUGCUCACUUCGGCAUCCGCAUUGAGAAAGUCCAAGAGCUCCUGGCCUCUGCAAGGGCAAAAUUGGCAGAGGUGAGGACGAGUCGGCUCCGGCCACACCUGGACACCAAGAUGUUGGCCUCCUGGAAUGGUCUGAUGCUCUCAGCUUAUGCUCGUGUGGGGGCUGUGCUGGGGGACAAGGCCCUGCUGGAGAGGGCGACAGAGGCUGGCAACUUCCUAAAGGAGCACCUGUGGGAUGCUGAGCGGCAAACCAUCCUCCGAUCCUGUUACCGUGGCGACCAGAUGGAGGUUCAACAGAUAUUUCCACCUAUAUCUGGCUUCCUGGAUGACUAUGCGUUCAUCAUCUGUGGCUUGCUCGACCUGUAUGAGGCCACGCUGCAAACGGAGUGGUUGCAGUGGGCAGAGGAGCUGCAGCUCAGACAGGAUGUGCUCUUCUGGGACGACCAUGGCGGAGGCUACUUCUGCAGUGAUCCCACUGACAGUACUGUACUGCUGCAGCUUAAAGAAGAUCAGGAUGGAGCUGAGCCCAGUGGUAACUCUGUGUCGGCAUUCAACCUCUUGCGUCUGUCUCACUAUACUGGAAGACAGGAGUGGCUCCAGAGGUCCCAACAGCUGCUAGCAGCCUUCUCAGACCGUCUGACCCGGGUCCCCAUAGCACUGCCGGAAAUGGUCAGGGCUCUAAUGGCACAGCACUACACACUUAAACAGAUUGUAAUCUGUGGCCAGAGGGAUGCCCCAGACACCACAGGUCUUUUAGAAGCAGUCAACUCCCUCUUCCUACCACACAAAGUCUUGAUGCUUCUUGACAAUGAUGCAGACAAUUUCCUGAGCCAGCGUCUGCCUGCACUCGCCUCCAUGACCCAGCAGGGUGGUGUUGCCACUGCUUACGUCUGCCAGGACUUUACCUGUUCUCUCCCUGUCACUGACCCCCAGGAGCUACGCAGACUGCUGCUGGAUGGAACCACGGAGAUCCAAACAGAAUGAUGGUUAAAGAACUGACUGACAAAGAAUGAAUGAAAGGCUUGUAAUAUUCAAAGCCUGGACUCUUUCAAUGUGCACCCUUAGCCUAGCUUAUUUCUGCUGUUAUUGGCUAGUCAGUCAGGCUUGCAAGAAUAGAAUACUGAUGCUUAAGAGAAGAGAAAUGCUACAUGGGUAGAAGUUGUUACAGUACCAUGUUGUAACUGGGGCUUCUUCCCUCUUUAAGACCUUUAACUCCAGCCUUCUCUUGGUAGAAAGACCAGCUAAGUGUAACCUCACUUAUCAAAUCAAGUUUUUUUUUUAGCAGGCUUUAAAGAGCAAUGAAGAAAUAUGUACAUUCAGAUAGAAGUCCCACUUAUAAAACUUGUCUGGUGGUAUAGAAAUAAACUACAGACUGCUAAUAGGCACCAGCGGAAGAACACUGGGAGUAUUUUACAGAUGAACUAGUCGGCCAUGUUGUCCCCUCCUAGCGCUGAGUUCAAGUAUCACAGGGAUCUUCCAGUGGAGACCUAUAGACCUGCAAGAUUAUUUUUGAUAUCAUAAAUUAUGUAAGAUAUGUUUUUUGUGAUAUUUUUACAAUAUAGUUUUGUCUCAUCCCAGUUCGGGAAAUGUUAGCAAAAAACGAAGUACGUGUUUCCCAGCAAGUCCUAUGGAUAGAAAACCCCCACUUGUGUGCAUUCUUUUUCCUCGUCUCUUCCACCUGCAGGCUCAAUAAAGGCGUGUGAUGCACUCAAACGAA